AUGGAUGAAUUCCGAAAAAUCCUUGUUGAAACUGAAAAUGUAAUCGAUACUUACGCUAUUGAUGUCGGAGGAUCAUCAGGUAUCUUAAAAUGCGUCUCUACUGUCUAUGGCCGCCGGAAGUUGGAGUCCCAGCUGGUGUUUAUCAUGGAGCAGAUCCAUUAUUUCAAUGAGAAGUUUGCAAAUUGCUGCAGUGUUAAGAAGGCCCUGAUCCCAGUAGAUAGCAAUCAGACUGAUUCCAAUUGCAGUGAUUACCGUUUUGCUUACCCGUUUAACGAGGAUGUUCUUGUUGGCUUGGAAGAAAAGAAAAGGACACUGCAAUCCCUUUUCCAGUAUGGAUUUAAGGAAUCCCCAGUUAUCGCUAUUUGCGGUAUGGGAGGGAUCGGCAAAACAACUCUUGCAUGGGCGAUGUACGAUGAGCUAUUUUUUUAUGGCCAAAGAUUUGAUGCUUUCGCUUACAUUGUUCUGCCCCAUGAUUUCCAUAUCGAUAUGGAUUUCCUCUUGCGCGAUAUCCUUAUACAGCUUAACAGCUCGAGUAAAAAACAAGAUAUGUGGUCAAUGGAUGCUUGGGUUAACCUGAGUGCAUAUUUACCAACUGCCAAAUCGGCUAGUAGAAUACUGGUCACCACUCGUAAUGGAGAUGUGGCAAAGAGCAUUGCUGAGAAGGGGAGACAGCCUUCCUUCCUAGAUUUUUUUAAAGCCAACCAAGUCCUGGAAGAAAUCGCCAAGGCUGUGGUCAGCAAGUGCUUUGGCUUACCAUUAGCAGUUGUCUGUGCUGGUAGCGUCUUGGCCAGGGAGCACUCCGUUGCUCAUUGGAAGUCUGUGCUUCAAAAUUUUGACUCAUAUCUAUACCUCGAGAAAGAUACCUUAGUAUUUUCCAAGAUACCAAAGACCUUGCUCUUGACCUACCAUUACUUGCCCUACCAUUUGCAGAGUUGCUUUCUUUAUUUGGGCCUAUUCCCAAAAGGUGUAGACAUAGAAGCAGCAAAGUUAUUCAAUCUCUGGGUAGCUGAGGGCUUUGUAGCAUCAGAAAAUGGAGAAAGUGAAACAACAUUGAUUGACAGAGCAGAGCAUUAUCUGUAUCAAUUGGUAGCCAGAAACUUGAUUUGCAUGCAAGAAGAGGAGGGCAUGGAGAGAGUAGUUCAAAAUUGCCCUAUUAAUGACCUGCUGCGGGAGCACUGCUUAUUGAAGGGAAAGGAAGAGAACGUUUUUGAAGUGCUUCAUCUAGCAUAUGGACCGCCAAAGGAUUCUUAUGGUACAACAAGAAGACUUUCCGUGUUCCUUGACGAGUGUGAAGCUGGAAAUGAUGUUUGCUUGCAGCAGAAAGUAUCCAGUAAAGUUCGAUCUCUCUUAUUUCUGAAUCCUUACCCAAAUCGAAAUGCUUUAUCGUGGCCUCGAUCCUUUAGUCUCAAGAAUUUCAGAUUGCUUAGAGUCUUGGAUUUCGAGGAUAUUAGAUUUCAGGGGAAAGGGCUUCCUGAAGGAAUUGAAAAACUUACUAAUUUGAAAUACCUAGGUCUAAGAAACUGUUAUGUGAAGGAGUUGCCAUCAUUUAUUGGUGAAUUGUCAAACUUGCGGACUCUUGAUAUACGGGUAAAUGAUGUGAUGGCCAUACCUAAUGUCUUGUGGAAGCUGAAAAAACUUAGGCAUCUGUACCUUCCAUAUUCUUUUCAAGUCUGCGGAGUUGAUAAAUUGCGAUUGGAAAGUAUGUUACUGGAGACUGAAGAAUUAUGGUUCGUAUUAUUGUGA